UUCUCAUUAAAAAAUUUGUCACCGACAAAUUCUGCGAUUUUUUUGCGAACUCCAACAUCGCUACAGAAGGUGUGAUGAUCAAAUUUCAAUGGAAAGAAGAAAGCCGGCGGUCAAAAUUCUAAUUAACCGGCGGUUGAAUUUGAGCCGGUGAAUUCAUACCGCGUGCGAAUUACGAAGUUGAGCAGGAAGAAAAAGGUAGAAUUAUACAGCAUUGAUGCUGAUGUGGCCAAGCAGCCCGAGCCGUUCGAUCGGUGGGAGCGACGGACGGGCCAGAUUUUUGAUCUACAUCUGUCGUUUGUAAUGCCCUUUAAAUUCCCGCAACGGAAGGAGAGAAGAUGUGCAUUGCAGUUUGACGGUAGAGAAGAGGGCGAACUUGAGCUACAAAUCUCUUCCCAACUCUGCAUUUUCCUUUCUCUUUGCUACUGCCUUGCUCUCUUGGGGAUUCGGAGCAACUGCAUCUGCACCAGAUGGAAACUUUUCUAUUUACUUCCGAGUCUGUGAACGAGGGACACCCAGAUAAGCUGUGCGAUCAAAUUUCUGAUGCAGUCUUGGAUGCCUGCCUGGAGCAGGAUCCUGAAAGCAAGGUAGCAUGCGAGACCUGCACCAAGACUAACAUGGUUAUGGUGUUCGGUGAAAUUACCACCAAGGCCAAUGUAGAUUAUGAGCAGAUUGUACGCAAGACCUGCAGAGAAAUUGGCUUCAUCUCUGAUGAUGUGGGUCUGGAUGCUGACAACUGCAAGGUGCUGGUGAACAUUGAACAGCAGAGCCCUGACAUUGCUCAGGGUGUUCACGGACAUCUUACCAAGAGGCCCGAGGAGAUUGGAGCUGGUGACCAGGGUCACAUGUUUGGCUAUGCCACUGAUGAGACCCCUGAGCUCAUGCCUCUCACUCAUGUCUUGGCCACUAAGCUUGGUGCAAAGCUUACCGAGGUCAGAAAGAAUGGUACUUGCCCCUGGUUGAGGCCUGAUGGCAAAACCCAGGUCACUAUUGAGUACAGAAAUGAAGGAGGCGCCAUGGUUCCUGAACGUGUGCACACUGUUCUCAUAUCCACUCAGCAUGAUGAGACAGUCACCAAUGACCAAAUUGCAGCUGAUCUCAAGGAGCAUGUCAUUAAACCUGUGAUACCAGAGAAGUAUCUUGAUGAGAACACCAUCUUCCACUUGAACCCAUCAGGGAGGUUUGUGAUUGGAGGGCCCCAUGGAGAUGCAGGCCUUACUGGUAGGAAGAUUAUUAUUGACACAUAUGGAGGGUGGGGAGCUCAUGGAGGAGGGGCAUUCUCUGGCAAGGAUCCAACCAAGGUGGAUCGCAGUGGAGCAUAUAUAGUUAGACAGGCUGCCAAGAGUGUUGUAGCAGCUGGGCUUGCAAGGCGAUGCCUUGUGCAGGUUUCUUAUGCCAUUGGCGUGCCAGAGCCUCUCUCUGUUUUUGUGGACACCUAUACCACAGGCAGGAUCCCUGACAAAGAAAUCCUCAACAUUAUUAAGGAGACCUUUGAUUUCAGACCUGGCAUGAUUGCAAUCAACCUUGAUUUGAAGAGGGGUGGAAAUGGAAGGUUCCAAAAGACUGCUGCCUAUGGCCACUUUGGGAGAGAUGACCCUGACUUCACCUGGGAAAUUGUUAAGCCCCUCAAGGUAGACAAAGUUGAAGCUUGAUGCGGUCUCCCUUGGCAAUAAGUUCAGUGUUUUCUAGUAGUAUGCUAUUUGAUUGUGUUGCAUUGUAAUUUUAGCUCUUGACUAAUAACUGAAAGAGAUUGUAGUUGCUGAUGUUGCAUUCCACGCCUUUAAUUAUCCUCUGAAAGUACUGUUUUAGCAUUUUUCCUCUUCAUUCAGCGGCAAUGGAGGCCCUAAAUUGAAUGGCUGUGUGACCGCAUUUUGGCAUUUUUGCUGCAAAAUACAAUUAAAUUUUCAAGUAGA